CAUUCCCAUCUUCCUAUUCAAACACGCUCCCAUGGCGGCCGUCACCGACUCCGAAAAAGAACGUGAACUCAACGCACGCCUGUUCCAUGCCUUGAUGGAAAAUGAUAAGGACGUCGUGAUCGAACUCUGUAGGCAAGAAAGUACUUCUGAUGGUCCAUUACACGUAACAAGUAUACACAAAGACACUGUUCUUCAUCUGGCCUGUUACUCCAAGCAGCCUCAUCUUGCAGAGGAAUUAGUUCAACUGUUGCCCAAUAAUCCCAACCUGCGCCUCACCAAGCUUAAAAACGACGUCGGAAACACUGUACUCCACGAAGCAGCCACCAGCAACAGCCUGACCCAGGUGGCCACGGUAAUGAUAGCGAAACAACGUAAGUUGCUAACUAAGCGUAACAUCCUCGGAGAGACGCCUCUUUUCCGGGCGGUCCGGUUUGGGAAAAUUAAAAUGUUCAAGCUUCUGGCGCACGAAGUUGAUAAAGACAAUCAGGAGGUUAGAAAAGAACAGCUCCAGAGUAAAGAUGGAACGUCUAUUCUUCAUAUUGCUGUCAUUACUGAGCACUUUGACUUGGCAAUGAUGAUCACAGAGAGAUAUCCAGAUUUAAUCGGAGCAAAAGAUGGUAAUAAGAUGACGGCUCUUCAGCAUCUUGCAAGUAAUCCAACCGUGUUUCAAAGCAGAAGCAAACUUGAAUUCCUCAAGGGACUCAUCUACCAUUGUGUCCCAAGCAAGAAAAAGAUCACGGAAGGGGAUCAAAGAUGCGCUAAAUGGCGUUGGGAAUUGCCCAUUUGGAAGGAAGUUAGGGAUGAAAAGAUCAAACAUGUUUCAGCUUGGGAACUUGCUGAGAAGUUAAUUAAACAUGAUACUUCAUGGGAGGUUACUGAAAUUCGAUUACUUAAUCGAGGUAAGCCCAAUCCAGAGGAAAUCAAAGACUCAUCCUCCCAACAGCUCGAGGAAAAGACUAGAGAACGCUGCUGCAAAAAAAACAUCAAAACUCGCACAGCAGGGGUCAAGAGAGAUGAAACUCCAUUAUUUUUGGCAACAAUGUGGAAAAUUCCAGAUAUGGUGGAAAAAAUACUGAAAAGCUAUCCACAGGCAGCCGAGCAUAUUAAUGAAAAAGGAAGGAACAUAUUACAUGUAGCCAUCCAAUACUGCCAAAUGAAGAUUUUUAAGAAGGUGAUGAAGGAUGAAAUGCUAACGCGGAGGCUAUUGCGAGCCACGGACACUGAAGGGAACUCCAUGCUGCAUAUGGUUGCCAAGAAAAGAAAAGGCCUUGAAGAGAAAACUUCCCAAGGUCCUGCAUUCGAACUGCAAGAGCAGUUGCUCCUUUUUGAGAAAGUGAAGGAAUUAGUAAAAUCCGAUUUCGUUAGGCUCUUCAACCAUAAGAACCAGACUGCUGAGGAAUUAUUAGUUGAUAACUAUUCUAAACUUCAUGAGGAAUCCAAAGAAUGGACAAAACGCACCUCUGAAAAUUGCUCCAUUGUGGGUGUUCUGAUAGCUACUGUCGCAUUUGCUGCAGCCUACACUGUACCUGGAGGUAAUCAAAGCACUGGUAUACCCGUCCUCCUCUCUCAGCCAUUCUUCGUGGUUUUCACCUUGGCCGAUAUAAUCUCCCUUACUUUGGCUUUGACAUCAGUAGUCACAUUUCUCUCAAUCCUCACAUCUCCUUUCCGAUUAGAAGACUUCAAGCACUCUCUUAUUCAAAAGCUGAUGAUGGGUUUUACAUUUUUGAUCCUCUCUGUGACAAUGAUGAUGGUGGCGUUCGGAGCAACAAUCAUCCUUACAAUCCAUAAUAAGGAAAACUGGACACAAAUUGCACUAUACUCGGUUGCAUUCUUGCCAGUUAUCAUUUUUGCAGUCACCUAUUCUCCUCUUUAUGUACAACUUGUGAAAGCUUGCAGACACUUUUGGAAGUUCAUGAAGAAGAUUGUUCCGGAUCCAUGUGGAAGCAGUAGUAGCCUUCCUCCUAAUGAAUCCCUAUCCACAAUUUACUCCGACCCUCCUCAAUCUAGGGCAUCCUGUUCCAGGCGCCCUUCUACAUCUCAAACUACCAAUGUUGAAGUUUGAAAGGUGAAGCUUCAUUUGAAGUAAUAAUUCCGCAUCAGAAUCUGGAGCUCAUUUCAAAUAUUGUUUUCUCCUUUUCGAAUUCCAACUACUAUAUGUAUAAAGAACUACAUGUAUGUUUAUUUUACCAUGUUCUGAGAGUGAAUUAAUAAUGUCAAUGUGAUGU